UUUAGAGUGUGUCGUUGUCAAGCAUGUACUAUACUUUCAACAAAGUUUUGAACUUCUUUGAAAAAGACGUUGCCCCAGAAGCGAUAAGGGUUCCAACCGAAACUGAAGAAAAAGAAGCAAUCGCAAAUGAAUUUAAAAAUAUUGCUGGUUUUCCAAAUGUCUUGGGCUGUAUAGACGGCAGUUAUAUUUCGAGCAGAAAACCAAGACAUAAAAUACGCUCAUCUUACGCGAACAGACACGAUUGCAUGUCCAUAACUUUGCAAGGCAUUUGUGAUGCAAAGUUACGUUUUCUGGUCGUAUUUACAGGAGUUCCAAGCAAAAUUCACGACUCAAGAGUCCUGAAACUGGCCUUCAUUGGAAAGGAAUUCCCAAAUGUAUGUGCACCUAAGUAUUACUUGCUGGGUGAUUCAGCAUAUCCCCUUAGAGAGUAUUUGUUGACACCGUUCAGGGAUUAUGGUAACUUAAGCGAAGCGGAGAGGUUGUACACGAAAUUUUGUCAAACUAGGGUAAAAAUUGAAAAUGCGUUUGGGGUGCUAAAAUCCCGCUUUCGGCAACUAAUGCGCUUAGACUUCUACAACGUGGAGUCGAUGGCGAAGUUUGUAAUAGCAUGCUGCACCAUUCAUAACCUUUGUAUUGAUAGGAACGACUUUAUUGCCCUUGAUGCAAAAAAUUGCCAGACUGAAAAUAUUUCCAUUGAAAGAGGCGAUAGGAGGGACUGUUUGCUUACACAGCUGGGAGCCAUAAAACGAAACGAACUGAAAGACUACUUUUUCCAACAACAAACAGAUUAAAUAUAUUAAAAUGAAUUCUUGUAUUUUUUCAAAAAUUUAUUCAUUUAGUUCAAGACUUUUCUUUCUGCGAUCAA